UGUCUUGAACAACAAACCAAGCUCACCCCCCUCCCCGACACCAUGAGCCAUCACAGCAGCUACUACGGAGGCCUGGGCUUCGGCUACGGGGGCUUCGGUGGUCUGGGCUUUGGACAUGGCUUUGGAUGUGGCAGCUUCUGUAGACUGGGCCAUGGCUUCGGCUUCAGAGGCUACGGAUAUGGCUCUGGUUGUGGAAGCCUUGGAUACGGCUGCUGUCUAUGUCCAUCCUUCUGUAGAAGAUACGGAUUUUCCAGCUUCUACUGAAAUCCUACCCCAGGAGCCCAACAUCUAAGGCCAUGAAAGGAUGGUCAAGUCUCACUGCAAUAACUAAACCAAGCAAGAUCACCCAGGACCAAGCCAAGGUCAAAAGUAUUUCAUGUCUAAGAUUUUAGGAAUAUUUAUGAUUUCAUAAUUCUCUGCUUCAUGUCUCUUAUUUGUGCUUUCAUAACUGUGGCAUUUCCCUAUUCUUUUGCAAUAAAUUUCCCUAAGA